AAAUUUAAUAGAUUCUGUAAUAUCAGUAGCGACUCGCGCAUUAAGCAGUCUAGAAGGUCCCCUGCUUUUCAGUUAAAUGGUACAGCUCAUGGUUGUCAGGUGUGAGUGGUUUGACCUCAGUUACCAUCAUGGAUGAACUAGGUCGGGAUACAGAAUACCGCGACUACAGAAUCGAAUUCAUUUCUGUUAUGGAAGAAAAUACUGAUUGUAUUACUGAGGAGCAGCGUCAGGGAAUUAAAAAAGAAUUUUCUCUUGAUGUGGUGGAAGAAAAUGUUAUUUUUAUAAAAACUGAAGAAGUAAAUACAAGUGAGUUUCUAGUAGUCAAAGAAACUGAAGAUGCUGUGGUGAAUGCAAAUAAAUCUGACUUAAGGGUUUUGAUGCAUGAUUCUGAGGACCCAUUAAAAUUAGUUCCAUCAGUGAUUGCGGACUGUAAGGAAUCGUCAAAUGGUGAUAAGACCGCGCAGAAGGAAACUGGUCGCGAGGUAUUACAUAAACAAGUGGACUGGAAAGAGAAACGUUUUGUGUGUGAUAUAUGUAGCCACAGCUUCACAUGUAACAGUAAUUUAUCAGUACACCAAAGAGUUCAUACAAAAGAGAAACCUUAUAAAUGUGAAGUUUGCACCAAGCCAUUCGCUAGGAAAGGUGAUUUAUCUGUGCAUAUGAGAGCACAUACAAACGAGAAGCCUUAUAGUUGUGAGUUAUGUAGCAAAUACUUUUUGAAGAAAGGUCAUUUAGUAUACCAUAUGAGAAUACACACAAAAAAGAGGCCUUAUAGCUGUGAGGUAUGCAGUAAGUCAUUCAGAAAUAAGGGAGCUAUAGUGGGACACUUGAGAGUUCAUACAAAAGAGAGGCCUUUUAUUUGUGAACUAUGUAGUAAGGCAUUCUCUCUGAAAGGUAAUCUGGUGGUACACAUUAGAGUCCAUACAAAAGAACAACCUUACAUAUGUGAACUUUGCAUGAAAUCAUUCUCUCGCAGAGAAUAUUUAAGAAAACACAAGUGUUUAUAAUAAAGCUAGGGAGACUAGCUGACAGGAGAUGCGCUAGAUUAUUAUAGUCCCAGUGGGACAAAAUCAAUUACGCAUCAAAGAAAAAGAUGGAAAUAAGAUUGAUUUUGUCACACUUGAAAAGCACAUGCAUUAUCAGUGUGUUUAAGUUUAUGCCCUAUCAAUCAGUCUCUCUCCCUCUCUCUCUCUCUCUCUCUCUCUCUCUCUCUC